AAGUCGAGGGAGAGAAAAGGGAGCAAGCGCAUCGGGGGAACAACAAAAACCAAGGGUUUUGCUUUUGCACUCUCUCUCUCUCUCUCUCUCCAUCACCCAUCGCGUCCCCGUCCCCGCGCGCGCGCGUGGUCUACUUCUUCCCCAACCCCUCCUGCUGCAGAGAGGGAGAAAAUAGAGAGAAAAAGGGAGAGGCUGGAGGAAGAAAGGAAAGAUGACCGUCGAUCUCGUCGCUUCGAACUCCCAUGGGAAUCUCGACUCUCAGAUCGAGCAGCUCAUGCAGUGCAAGCCCCUCUCCGAGCAAGAGGUAAGAACACUAUGUGACAAAGCUAAGGAGAUCUUGAUGGAAGAAAGCAAUGUUCAGCCAGUAAAAAGUCCUGUGACAAUUUGUGGUGAUAUCCAUGGACAAUUUCAUGAUCUUGCCGAGCUCUUUCGUAUUGGAGGAAAGUGUCCAGAUACUAAUUAUUUGUUCAUGGGCGACUAUGUGGAUCGUGGAUAUUACUCUGUUGAAACUGUAACUCUUUUGGUUGCCCUCAAGGUCCGUUAUCCACAAAGAAUCACCAUCCUUAGAGGAAAUCAUGAGAGCCGGCAGAUUACUCAAGUGUACGGGUUUUAUGAUGAAUGUUUGCGGAAGUAUGGAAAUGCAAGUGUCUGGAAGAUCUUCACUGACCUAUUUGACUAUUUUCCACUGACAGCUUUGGUGGAAUCUGAAAUAUUUUGUCUGCAUGGUGGCCUCUCACCAUCUAUUGAGACUCUGGAUAACAUAAGGAACUUUGAUCGUGUUCAAGAAGUUCCUCAUGAAGGGCCCAUGUGCGAUCUCUUGUGGUCUGAUCCUGACGAUCGAUGUGGAUGGGGUAUAUCCCCACGUGGAGCUGGAUAUACUUUUGGUCAGGAUAUAUCCGAGCAGUUCAACCAUACCAACAACUUGAAGCUCAUAGCUAGAGCCCACCAACUUGUCAUGGAAGGUUACAAUUGGGGCCAUGAACAAAAAGUGGUAACCAUUUUUAGUGCACCUAAUUAUUGUUACCGGUGUGGGAAUAUGGCAUCAAUUUUGGAAGUGGACGAUUGUAAAGGUCACACGUUUAUUCAGUUUGAGCCAGCUCCACGUCGGGGUGAGCCAGAUGUGACUCGGAGAACACCAGAUUACUUUUUAUGAUCAAAGAUGUCAUCUUGUUGCUGAUCUUCUGUGGCAGCAAAUUUAGGCUAAUGGCAGGUCGAGAAAGGGGCCACAGGUAAUUAAAUAUUCUGUACUGGGUCAUAAUCUAUUUCGGGCUUAUUGCCUUGUGGGUUUACCAGAGAGCUUGUAAAAUUGAGUUCGCAGUGGGGGCCACUUCUUGUUUGAGCUUUAGAACCGUGCAGACCACCUUCUCUGAAGUCAGGAUGGGUUACAGAGUGGGGGGAGGGUUGCUGUAGCAUGUAUCAUUUCUGAAAAAAGAUGUUUCUUUGAGGUUUCGAGAGAAAGGUAUCAUCUUUUGUUAUUUUUUUCCAUGCCACGAUUUUUGUUUUACCAGAUUCUCUUUCCUAUUCCAGUAUAUCAUUAAUUCAGUGCC